ACAAUCCCUGGCACACAGCUAUUUGAGUGUCAUGUAAACCACCCCUUCACUCUCCCUUUUUGUCCCAUUCACUGCCUGCCACCCUCCCUUCUCUCUGCCCCACCCUGUGGCCUCCCUGCUUUGGACUUUUGGGGGUUCGCCUGCCUCUAUAAAAGCAUGGUUUGUGCCCAAGACAAACUUCAUUCCCCAUCAUGGAGAGUCAGAGAAUCCAGUCCUCAUACAGAAAGCGUUUUGGGCCUCAGGGCUCCAGCAUCACAGGAGGCAGAAUCGGGAGCCUUUCCUCAAGCCGCCUCUCCUGGCAUGGCACCCCUCGCACCUUCACCCACUCUAGCCCCAUAUCCAGAGUCUCCCUGGGCUCCACCAGCACCCUGCUCCUGGGGAGCACUGCGGACCGGCUGGACUUCUCAGCUGACUCCUUGAUAAAGGCCCAGUUCAAGGAGAAUCGCACCAACGAGAAGAUGGAGAUGAUGGGCCUGAAUGACCGAUUUGCCAGCUACAUAGAGAAGGUCCGCCUGCUGGAGCAGCAGAAUAAGGUUUUGGUGGCAGAGCUGAACCAGCUGAAGGGGAAGGAGCCCAGCCACGCGGGAGACAUCUACCAGGAGGAGCUGAGAGAGCUGCGGCGGCAGGUGGACGGUCUCACCUCUUCCAAAGCUCGGCUGGAGAUAGAGCGGGACAAUUUGGGCUCAGAUGUGGGGACACUCAAGCAGAGACUGCAAGAUGAGAUUGGCCUCCGACAGGAUGCAGAGAACAAUCUGAAUGCCUACAGACAGGACGUGGACGAGGCAUCUUUGAAUCGCGUCCAGUUGGAGAGGAAGAUUGAUGCCCUGCAGGAUGAAAUAAACUUCCUGAAGAAGAUUCACGAGGAGGAUCUGCGUGAGUUGCAGGAGCAGAUCAUGGCCCAGCAGGUGCACGUUGACGUGGAUGUGUCCAAACCAGAUCUGACCGCUGCUCUGAGAGACAUUCGGGUCCAGUAUGAGAGCAUGGCCACAUCCAAUAUGCAGGAGACUGAGGAGUGGUACAAGUCUAAGUUUGCUGACCUGACAGACGCAGCCACUCGUAACGCAGAAGCCUUACGUCAAGCCAAGCAAGAGGCCAAUGACUACCGGCGCCAGAUCCAAGUGCUGAGCUGUGACCUGGAGGCUGUCCGUGGAACAAACGAGUCUCUGGAACGGCAGCUGCGGGAGAUGGAGGACCGUUUUGCCAUGGAGACGGCCGGUUACCAGGAUACGGUGAGUCGCCUGGAGGAGGAGAUCCAGGCCCUGAAGGAGGAGAUGGCGAGGCACCUGCAGGAGUAUCAGGACCUCCUUAAUGUCAAGUUGGCCCUGGAUAUUGAGAUCGCCACCUACAGGAAGCUGCUGGAGGGAGAGGAGAGCAGGAUCACAAUUCCAGUUCAGAGCUUUUCCAAUCUGCAGUUUAGAGACACUAACUUGGACACCAAAACCCCAGAGGCUCAUGUAAAGAGGAGCAUCCUGGUCAGAACAGUGGAGACAAGAGAUGGAGAGAUCAUUAAGGAAUCAGUCACGGAACACAAAGAUGUUCCAUAAAGAUUGACAACCAGCUCUCCCAUCUUGGAGGAUUCUGAAAGCAUACUGUCACCUUUUUUUUGGUUUCCAAACCCCAAAGCUGCCCUAUCAGAAUCAUUUUAUCGUUUUAUUUCAUUUUCAUCCUUAGAAUAAUCCAUUUAAUACCUUACAAUCACAUGAUAACCGUCACAUUCUGUGAAACUUCAUCACAAAAAAGUCAAAUUUAGCUUCUUCUUCUUUCUUUUUUACAGUUCCACUUUUAGCUUGAGCUUGAACUCAAAGUAAUUCAUCUUACAUGGUCUGUAGUUUGUUCCAGAACUGUAAAAUACUGGGGAUCUGUUUAACUUUAACUCACACUGACAGCAUUGUUUCAGAUUAUCUGCCAUAGACGAGGCGUUGAAACGUAGCGAUGGCGUUCAGCUAACACACAGUGUGAGUGAAGGUCGACGUGUGGUGAUUGUGUACGUGAACUUUGGUGAGUUUAAAUACAAGUGAGAUUUGGGGGAUGACAGAUGUCAUGGUUGGAUUAAGGCAUGGGAAGAAGAGAUUUGUGUAUGUCACAGUGUUUUUUUGGCAGGAUGACAGGUGACUCUGGGCUGACUUUAUUUAACCCUCGACUGGUGCUAUUUUACAUUUCAGUGAUUGUACUGCGGCAGAUGUCUCUGCCACUGUGGUGCACAGUAAAGGUCUUGCACAUGUCAGGCUUUGUAGACAGACAGGUUUGAAUUGGACAGAACUAGGGAUUUGAUUUCAGACCAGCCGCAAAUGCUUUGGAUGUGGAAGACUUCACAACCACCUGGUCUUUAUGCUAGCAAGUGGCAACCAGCUGUGAAUUUUAGAUUCCUCACACCAUGUUUUGCAGCUGGAUGGUCUUGAUUCUUUAGAUCUGAGGAAAGGUCUAUAAGCAGGUGUGCAGGCCCUUUUAUAAUUUACAACCUGACUUUACCUCUGCACCCAAACCCAGCACACACUCAUCCUGCGGUGUCUUCUGUCUCUUGCACACAACCUGAUAAGACAUCAUCAUUUUUUGACACCAGGAUGUGUUAGAGUGUGCUCACACGUGUCUAGCAGUAGUGAGAGGACAGGACAGGACAGGACAGAGCCGUGGUCAAAGAUGUGGAGAAAGCUUCCUUUUUCUUCCAGCAAAUUCACCUGGUGGUUUUCUGCAGUGUUUGACUGAUAGCACAGAGAAGGAGAGGCGGGGGGAGAGUGACGUGGAGAUAACCUUCAACAAAUCCCACAGCCCAGCAGGACACCAGGAACAUUUUUUAUUUUACUUUGAAGGAGAGGAUGUUAGGGUGACAGAUGACAGAUGGAUGGAUGAAUUGGUGGAUGGAUAGAUGAAUGUCAUGGCUCAGGCUCUGCAGUCCAGGCUUUAUGAUUUGUUCUGGAGGCUGCUGACAGGAGCCAUGUCGACAGACUCUGCACUAAUGAGAGUUCUGCUGCGCUCAAACUGUCUUUCUCUGUGCUCAUCGUCCAAGGACACACUGUGAUUCGUGUGCCUCACACCUUUUUCUCCCCCCUCCACAUCACACAACGCUCACUUUUCUGUUCAUAUGGAUAACUCGCAGCCCUCUGCUGUCUUCACUUUGUUUGUUUUGUUUUUUUCUUAAAUAGAUAUUAAGACUCAUAAUAGAGUCAGACACGCUGCUGAACGCUGUUAUGUGAACAUAACAUUAGUUUUGACAAAUGCUACAAGCUGUGAUAUCAUUUUAGGUCAAUAACGACAAUAAAAGAACUUGUUUGUUAGAA